AUGUUUCGGCCGUUCCGGUUUUGGGGUGUGACACCAGGUAAGCCCUUAAUAUCUGGGAUAACUACUAUCGUUAAUGAUGAAGAGUAUGGUGAUUUCAUUUUUCAUGCAUAUGGGACAAAUGGUAAAAUUUGUAUGUAUGUGGACCAUGAUGGUCAAGGAAUAGAAGAUUGGUUUGGUUCUAAAAUAGAAGAGGAGGAUGGAGAUGAUUGUUGCAUUGAUGGUGGAGAGAAUGAGGAAGAAAUUGAUAGCCUAGCAAAUGUGGAUGUGGACUUUAAUGAGGACAUAGUCACUAUGAAUAGGACAAAGGGUGAUGAAUUCCUAAACAGAUUAUGUGGCGAAGAUGAAGAGGGAAAUGAUAACAACAUAAAUGAUCAUGAUGGGCAUGAAGAGGAUGCCAAUGUAACUUUACAACAUUCCAUUUUUAAUGAGUUGGUUCCAUGGAAAAAGCAGAUCCCAAUACUUGGUAUGAGGUUCAAAGACCUAUCUCAAUUAAAAUCGAUGUUAUGCAACUAUGCUGUUGCGAAUGGGUACCAACUUUGCUUUGAGAAAAAUGAUAGGAAAAGAUUGUUGGUUAAGUGUUGCAAGGGUGAGUGA